AUGUGUAUGGAAUGGUUUCAGUGCAUUAACCAUCACGUACAUGUUUGUCUUGCAGCUCUCCUGUCGUCGUGGUGCGAGGAGCUGGGCCGACUUCUGCUGCUGCGACACCAGAAGAACCGCCAGAACGAACCCCAGAAAGGACCCCCCAUGCAGCCCCCCAUGAACUCCAUGAAGCCGGGCCUGUCCCACGGUGAUGGACAGUUCCCGUACGACUCUGGGCCGUGGCAGCAGAACAGUUCUCAGCCUCCCGGAGCUCUGUCUGUGGUGACGACUGUGUGGGGCGUCACCAAUACCUCACAAAGCCAGGUGCUGGCGAACCAUCUGGCGCACGCUCCCACUAUGCCCCCUGGAUCACCCAUGGUAUCUGGGAACAGUCCUGGUAUGAACUCGCCGCCGUUCUCUGGACCUCAGCAGCAGUUCAACAAGGGCCAGGGUCCAGGCUACAUGCAGCAGGGCGUGUAUGGACGACCACACUACAACACAGGAGGGGGAUUCAACGGGAGUUAUCCCGGUGGUCCUGCCCCUGGCCCCCCCACCCUGGGGCACCCUCAGCCUGCCGCCGCCGCCGCUGCUGCCGCUGUUGCCGCCGCUGCUGCCACGGCUACCGCCACCGCUACUGCAACAGUGGCGGCGCUACAGGAGACGCAGAACAAGGAGAUGAGCCAUCAGUACGGACCGAUGAGCUCGUCGUUCCAGAUGGGUCCAAACCAGGGCUACGGUCCUCAGUUCAUGCCUCAGGGACCUCCUCGAGGCCCCAGCCCUCACCCUGGGAACAUGCAGGGCCCUGGGAUGAACCCUCCUCCUCCCAUGGCCAUGAACCAGCCCCGGGGCCAGAGCAUGGGGCCCUACGGAGGACAGAGGAUGCAGACCUACAGCGCCCCCCGGCCUCCGAACAUGGGGAUGCAGGGAAUGAAGAGGCCCUAUCCUGGAGAGCCAAACUAUGGCAGUCAGCAGUACGGACCCAACGGACAGUUCCCAAACCAGCAGAACCAGUACACCUCCUCCAGACCCAUGCCCUCUCCAAACUACCCCCCACAGAGGAACCCAGGCCAGGCCAUGCAGGGACAGUACCCCCCUCCCAACCCAGCCAUGGGCCAAUACUACAAGCAAGAGCCACCGUUCAAUGGCCAAACAACAACCUUCUCUGGGAACGGUUAUAACCAGUUCCCUCAGGGCAACAACAUGAAUGGACCUCCGCGGCCCGUCGGGAACUACCCCCUCUCUCCGGUCCCAGGGAACCCCACUCCCCCCAUGACUCCAGGCAGCGGCAUUCCUCCGUAUCUGUCUCCAAACCCGGACGUCAAGCCACCUUUCCCGCCAGAUGUCAAACCAAAUAUCACCUCACUACGGCCCCCACCAGUGGGACAGGGGGAGGAGCUCCGCCUCACGUUCCCGGUGCGAGACGGCGUGGUCCUGGAGCCCUUCAGACUGGAGCACAACCUGGCGGUCAGCAACCAUGUGUUCCACCUGCGUCCCUCUGUGAACCAGACGCUCAUGUGGAGGUCUGAUCUGGAGCUGCAGUUCAAGUGCUACCACCACGAGGACCGGCAGAUGAACACGAACUGGCCGGCGUCGGUGCAAGUGAGUGUGAACGCCACACCGCUCACCAUCGAGAGAGGAGACAACAAGAGCUCGCACAAAGCUCUGCAUCUGAAACAUGUUUGUCAACCAGGAAGGAACACCAUUCAGAUCACCGUCACCGCCUGCUGCUGCUCGCACCUGUUUGUGCUGCAGCUGGUUCACCGUCCGUCAGUUCGAUCAGUUCUUCAGGGGUUACUGAAGAAGAGGCUCCUCCCGGCAGAGCACUGCAUAACCAAAGUGAAGCGUAACUUCAGCAGCGUGGCGGCGUCAUCGGGCGCCGGUUUGAACGGAGAGGACGGCGUGGAGCAAACCGCCAUCAAAGUGUCUCUGAAGUGUCCGAUCACCUUCAGGCGCAUCCAGCUGCCGGCGCGGGGCCACGACUGCAAACACGUGCAGUGUUUCGAUCUGGAGUCGUAUCUGCAGCUGAACUGUGAACGAGGGACGUGGAGGUGUCCUGUCUGCAAUAAAACCGCGCUGCUAGAAGGCCUGGAGGUGGACCAGUACAUGUGGGGAAUCCUGAACGCCAUUCAAAAUUCUGAGUUUGAGGAGGUGACCAUCGACCCCACCUGCAGCUGGAGGCCCGUGGUCAUUAAGUCUGAGCUCCACAUAAAGGAGGAUCCAGACGGGCCGCUGUCCAAGAGGUUUAAGACCAUGAGUCCGAGUCAGAUGGUCCUGCCCAACGUCAUGGACAUGAUCGCCCAGCUGGGACCGGGCGCCACGCCGUACACGCCACAACACGGCAACAACAGCAGUGAAUACGGAGGCCAAGGCAACAGUUUUCCGGGCCACAGUAACUUUGACUUCCCUCACGCUAAUCCCGGAGGUACUUCCAUGAACGACUUCAUCCCCGGGCCUCAGCUGUCCCACCCUCCGGACCUCCAGGGGCAGCUCAUGAACCACGACAAGCCGCUCUCGCACCACAUCAACGACUCAAUACCUCACUCUCUUGGCAGUGACCAAUCACAUAGCGUGCUGCAUCAAACUCUCCACGGGUCUCCGCGAGGCGCCAACCAAUCAGGGCCCUCGUUACUGCAGCAACCAGGGCAACAACUACAUCCAGGCAACCAUAUGGGAACAUCGCUACAUCAAAACAGCCAAUCGGGGCCAUCGCUACAUCCAAACAGCCAAUCAGGACCAUCGCUACAUCCAAACAACCAAUCAGGACAACAGCUUCAUCCCGGGAGCCACUCAGGGCCUUCGUUACUUCACAGUGGUUCGCAGAGACAAGCCCCGCCCCCUCAGCAGACGCGACCGCAGACGCCCGGUGACCUGACGUUUAACCCUGGCCUGGAUGGGACGGGGUCGGACAUGCCCGAGCCUUCCCUGGACCUUCUUCCAGAGUUGGCGAAUCCGGAUGAACUGCUGUCGUAUUUAGACCCUCCGGACCUCCCCAACAACAGCAGUGACGACCUCCUUUCGCUCUUUGAAAACAACUGA